UCUUCUGUAAAUUCUCCACCGCUUCUCGUUUCUCUCUCAAACCCCAUUAAAAGGUUUCAUCGUGUUCGUUUGCAAAUAAUUUUCCACUGCUUUCUUUUUCAUUUUUCUUUCUUUCUUCACAAACACUUACUUGGUAAGUGAAGAAUGAAAGAGUAUUGGACUUCUUUUGCUUCUCUCCUCGGCGUUUUGGCCUUCUGUCAAAGCCUCGUCCAAGCAAUUUUCCCACCUGAACUUCGUUUCGCUUCUGUCAAAUUCUUCACCAAAAUCUUCAAUGUCUUCUCCUCAUAUUGCUACUUUGAUAUCACAGAAAUCGAUGGUGUCAACACCAAUGAACUCUACAACGCCGUUCAGCUCUACUUGAGCAGCUCGGUUUCAAUCUCCGGUAGCCGCUUGAGUCUCACCCGCGCUCUCAACUCCAGUGCCAUCACUUUUGGCCUUUCAAACAAUGACUCCAUUUACGACUCCUUCAAUGGUGUCACCGUUCUCUGGGAACACGUCAUUUCUCCAAGACAAACUCAGUCGUUUUCUUGGAGACCUCUCCCUGAAGAGAAAUGUUGUUUCACUCUCCGCAUCAGAAAGAAAGACAAGUCUUUGAUUCUCGAUUCUUAUUUAGACUUCAUCAUGGACAAGGCCAACGAUAUCCGUAGAAAAAAUCAAGACCGACUCUUGUACACAAACUCGCGUGGCGGAUCUUUGGACUCGAGAGGCUUUCCAUGGGAGUCUGUCCCCUUCAAACAUCCGAGCACUUUUGACACUUUAGCCAUUGAACCACAAAAGAAGAUGGAGAUUAUGGAAGAUUUGAAGGACUUCGCAAAUGGGCAAGCGUUCUAUCAGAAGACUGGAAGAGCUUGGAAAAGAGGAUACUUGUUGUACGGACCUCCUGGAACUGGUAAAUCUAGUAUGAUCGCUGCCAUGGCUAACUGUCUUGGUUAUGAUAUUUAUGAUCUUGAAUUAACUGAAGUGCGUAAUAACUCAGAGUUGAGGAAAUUGUUGAUGAAAACAAGUUCGAAGUCCAUUAUUGUGAUUGAAGAUAUUGAUUGUUCUGUGAAUUUGACAAACAGGAAGAGCACUAACAAGAGUAAUGGUGGUUCAGAUUCAAGAAAUUAUUAUGAGCCUGAAAUGAGAUAUGGGUGUGAUAGUGGUUUUGGUGAUGAAGGCAAUGGCAAUAAUUCUAUUACUCUUUCAGGAUUAUUGAAUUUCACUGAUGGUAUAUGGUCAUGUUGUGGGAGUGAAAGGAUUUUUGUGUUCACAACUAAUCACAUUGAGAAGCUUGACCCUGCAUUGCUGAGAAGUGGAAGAAUGGAUAUGCAUAUUUACAUGAGUUAUUGUACUUAUCCUGCAUUGUUAAUUUUGUUGAAGAAUUAUUUGGGUUAUGAAGAAAGUGAUUUGGAAGGUGGGAUUUUGAAGAAUUUGCAGGAGCUUAUUGAGAAAGCUGAGAUGACUCCUGCUGAUAUCAGUGAAGUGUUGAUCAAGAACAAGAGGAAUAAGGAGAAUGCAGUGAAGGAAUUGGUUGAGACAUUGCAGGUGAAGGCCGAGAAGAGGUUGAAAAAUGGAGGGUUGAGAGAGAAGAAGAGUAAGUUAGAUUUAGUUGAAGAGGAGGAAGAAGAAGAGCAAGAGAAGAGGGCUCUUGACAGUCCUAAUAAAGAAGAAGGAACAGACUUGAAUAAAGAAGAUAAUAACAGUUGCAAGAGGGCAAAUUAUGAAGAAGAAGAAGAUCAAAAGAAAAUUAAAUGAUAAUUUAUUUUUCUCUUUUAUAAUUUAUUUUUCUCUUUUUCUUUGGUUAAUGAAGAUUAUGGUUAAGAAAGCUGAAGAUGAAAAAAACUAAAAGCUAGAAAAACAGAUUGAUCUGCAAAUUUUGAUGCUGGAGCUCGCGGGGGAAGGAAAAACUACAGAGAAAAAUAAAUAUACGUGUCUCUAAAUAUAAUACUGAUGUUCAAUUAAUCCUCUUAUGCUUGAUUGAUAUAUAUCUAUGGAUAUUAAUAAUGUUAUAUUAUAGGGAAAACUAUAUAUUAUGUAUCAUUUAUACA